CCGGUGCUCGGAUGAGGGCGGGACUUCCGUUGUCAAGGUGCAGGCGACUUGGUUGCUGCAGUGUGUCGGGGAGAGGCCCGGCAUGCCCGGACGGUGUUGGUGCUGAAGGAGAGGCGGGGAUGAACGGCUUCAGUACGGAGGAGGAUAGCAGGGAUGGGCCGCCGGCCCCGGCCGCUCCUUUCUUCGGACAGACGUGUUGUCUGAUAGACGGGGGAGAGCGCUGCGCCCGGCCGGCUGGGAACGCCUCAUUUAGCAAGAGGGUGCAGAAGAGCAUCAGCCAGAAGAGACUCAAACUGGACAUCGACAAGAGCGUCCGACAUCUUUACAUCUGUGAUUUCCACAAGAACUUUAUUCAGAGUGUUCGGAAUAAGAGGAAGAGGAAAACCAGCGAUGACGGCGGAGACUCUCCGGAACAUGAAACGGAUGUGCCAGAGGUUGAUCUUUUUCAGCUGCAAGUGAACACCCUGCGCAGAUACAAGAGGCAUUAUAAGCUGCAGACUCGCCCUGGGCUCAACAAGGCACAGCUUGCAGAGACAGUGAGCCGGCAUUUCCGGAACAUUCCAGUGAAUGAGAAGGAAACGCUGGCCUAUUUCAUCUACAUGGUAAAAAACAAUCGGAGUCGCCUGGACCAGAAGUCUGAAAGUAGCAAACAGCUGGAUGCAUAGCCACAGAGACUAUAGGACUUGGACCAGCUUUUAGUCAAAACAAAUGACUUGUAUAUAGGAGUCGUGUGUGGCUGCGGCCGAGCCACCAAACCUGUGCCAUAUCACCUUCUCAUCAGCGGAGAGGCUGGUGGUCUUUAUGUAUGGACAGUAUGUUUGCAGCACUGCGCUCUGCAUGGAUAAAGCUGAUGGGGGAAGUCCGGCCACCUACUUUUUUACUUAUCACAGGCAUGUGCCAUUCUUGUAUACCGCCUUGGACUUGCUAUAUGGGAGUGGGUAGAGCUCCACAGAUGGC